GUUUGGAUGGCCAGUCCUUGUAUUGCGCUGAAAUCCUUCCAAGCUCAUCCCCUCCCAGUCAACCAGUUGCAGUUGAGGGAGGCGGGAACAAUAGGUGUAAUUUGCUGGCUGUUAGUGGAGGAGUUAACAGUCAGCCAGUACAGUACACCAUCAUUAUCACUGACCCUCAACUGCACCAGGCAAGCAGUAGUAACAGCAAUGUAAACACUACUGGUGCCACUAGUAUAUUGUUAAAUACUUUAGUACAACAACAGCAGCAGCAGCACUUUCAGUUACAACAGCAGCAGUUGCAACAACAUUUAGCAACUAUAUCUAAAGAAAACAGCAAUAUAAAUAACUUAACAGGAGCAGCUAACAUAAGUGUUAACAACAACAACAGUAUAAAUGGCAGCAAUAAACUUGGUAGCUUGCUGAUUUGCAACAAUAGCAACUUCACAAGUGAAAGUGAUAUUGUCAGCAGUACAUCAGCAUUCCCGUCAACUUUUUUU